GAGAACGGAACAGAGCAAAUGAUGUGUGAAGAAGAAGUGAAAUUGUGUUAUAUUUCAGUUUAUUUGACUUUUUGGCGGAAUUUACGAACUUAAAACUUGGACAAAAGAUUAGUCACAUGGGAUGAGAGAGAGGGAGAGACUCAAAUGUCCCCUGAAAAUCAUAAAACCUUAAUCUCUCUCUCUCUCUCUCUCUCUCUCUCUAUAUAUAAUUCUCUAAAACCUUAAAACUCUCAAAGACUCUCAAAAACUCACUCACAGUCAAUAUGUAUAGAAAAAAGGCAAAGUGACUGUGAGUUUUGAGGGUGUCUCAAAUUAGUAGUAUCAAAAGAAAGAAACACAUACAUACAGACAGAUAAUCACACUCACGCUCAAAACCACUCCUUUGCUGCACAGCAUAGUUGAUUGUCACCCCCACCUUGGAUUUCAUUGAGUUUUGGCUUAUCCAUCCUCAUUGGCUUUCUGGGUAUCCUUCGUUAUCAUCAGAGAGAGAGAGAGAGAGAGAGUCAUUGAAGGAGGUUGAAGGAACAAGGGAGGGCCUACUGCGUAAGUUUUGGCGGGCAGCAACGGUCACUAUCAAUGAUUUUCAUUUGGGUGCUGAUGUUGGUAGCUCUCUGAGUGACCCAUCUAAUCACACUUGCUACUUGAUCAACAAAAACCAAUACAUCAGCCUCCUGCUCUUCAAGCUUUCUUUUGUUUGCUGCUUUUGGGGAAUUUGGAGGUGGCUGAGUAGUAGUAUUGCCUAUAUAACUUUUUCUUUUUGUGCUUGGGCUAAAGAGGAAACAGAUCUCAGUCACAUGACGAGAUCUUUUACUCUGGUGGAUGUGCUUCUGGUACUUGCUUUACUCAGUGAUGCUUCAUGGGCUGCCAAGGGCAACUCAUGUUGCAAACAGACAAAUUCAGGGGAAAUUCGACCUCACAGUGUCUCAAUUACUGAAUUUGGCGCGGUUGGAGACGGGUCCACUCUCAAUACAAAAGCCUUUCAGAAUGCCAUCUUCUAUCUCAAUUCAUUUGCAGACAAGGGUGGGGCCAAGCUUUUUGUCCCGGCAGGCCAGUGGUUGACAGGAAGCUUCGAUCUCAUCAGUCAUCUUACUCUUUGGUUAGAUAAGGAUGCAGUAAUUCUUGGAUCAACAAACUCUAAUGAUUGGCCAGUCGUUGAUCCUUUGCCAUCAUAUGGCCGAGGUAGGGAGUUACCGGGGGGAAGGCAUCGAAGCCUCAUUUAUGGACGCAAUUUAACAGAUGUUAUCAUAACCGGUAACAAUGGAAUUAUUGAUGGUCAAGGUGACAUCUGGUGGAACUGGUUUUGGAAUGGAAGCCUGAACUAUACACGGCCCCAUUUGGUUGAGUUGAUGAACUCAACUGGGGUUGUCAUCUCAAACCUCACCUUCUUGAAUUCACCAUUUUGGACCAUUCACCCUGUAUAUUGCAGCCAAGUUACUGUCCAGAAUGUGAGAAUCCUUGCUCCUCAUGAUUCCCCUAACACAGAUGGAAUAGAUCCAGAUUCCUCUGAUAAUGUUUGCAUUGAAGACUGUUAUAUUAGCACUGGAGAUGACCUUAUUGCCAUCAAAAGUGGAUGGGAUGAGUAUGGCACUACAUAUGGUCGUCCGAGUACAAACAUUACUAUCCGCAGGCUUAUUGGAGAGACUCAAAGUGCAGGGAUUGCAAUUGGGAGUGAGAUGUCUGGAGGUGUAUCACAGGUUUAUGCAGAAAGCCUUCAGUUUUUCAAUUCGAGGACAGGUAUCUCAAUAAAGACAUCACCUGGAAGGGGUGGUUAUGUAAGAGAUAUCUACAUAUCAAAUGUGACUUUGGCUAAUGUGGAUAUAGCUAUAAGGUUCAUUGGUCACUACGGGGAGCACCCAGAUAAAUUUUAUGACCCGAAUGAUCUUCCUUCAAUAGGAAGGAUAACGAUCAAAGAUGUCAUAGGAGAGAAUAUAAAAUUUGCAGGCCUCCUUGAGGGUAUAAAAGGGGAUGAUUUUCUCAACAUUUGCCUGUCCAACAUUACCCUUCAUGUAACUUCAGAUUCUCCAUGGAACUGCUCUUAUAUUCAAGGGUAUUCUGAUUUAGUUUACCCAAAAACUUGUGAGCCUCUCAAGGAGAUUGUCUCUCCUGAGCAGUACUCAGAGUGUUACAAUCUGUCAAGGCACUUGUGGAGUUCAAGCAAUCAGAAUAGAGGUGCUUGGUUGCGAUCUUGGUAAACAAGAGAAAGUACAGCAUUUCCUCUUUUUGUGAAAUCACAUUUUGUUAGUGUCGAGUUUAAGUUGAAAAUUUGAUUCUUGCCGAUUCUAAACACGAGUGCCCACUACCGCCUUCUGAAGAAAUGACCACCAGAGAUAAGAAGCUUAGUGGAGUUGCUGAUCUGUUGCUAUUGGCUUUUAAGAUGGGUACUGAGAUGAUUGUUUCUUGUAACUUUGUGUGCAGUAUCAAAUAAGUGAGUGAUUUAUUAGAAAGUGGAAAUAGAAUGAGCUUGUCUUCAAAACAGUUUUCUUUUACUUUUGGAGUUAUAUAUGAUUUUCAGAUUUUCAAUCUUUCAAACUUUAUGUAGAGAAACAAAUUUCACGAAGAUUUUGUGUAUUUAGAAACUUUUUUGUCA